AAUAUGAAAACGAAGGAUCCGAAACCCAUUAUCAAUUUAUCAUACCUACAACAUGAACCGGACAUGUGAGUUGUGGUGUAGCAACCUUUCCCCCAUCAAUAUCAUCAUCAUCAGAAAAAGGUUAUCCAUUUCCUCUUCAGAAAUUAUCUGGCUAAAUUCCCUGUAUCAACAAUUCACAUUAGAUUCUGUAACACCUGACAGCAUUUCUGCGUAAACUUCGCACCUCUGGUUUAUCUUACUCCUUGCAUCAGAUUCUCUAUCUUUUCUUCAUUUUCCCCACCAAAAAAAGCUCCAUUUGUCGCUCCCCUUUUCUGACACUUUUAGCAAAAAUCGCCAUUUUUGUCCCUUUUUUGUGUGCUUUGCAACCUCCUUCCAUUUCUCGGCGCUUUUCCGCUUCAGGAAUUACGGCUUUUGGGAACUUUAAUGGCGGAUUCUCAGCAUUGAUGGAGUUUUUAGUAUCAUGUUAAUUAUCGCAUAUGAAGCGUUAUUAUUGCUCGGAUUAUUUAAUUAGGGUUUUGAAAGGCGAAACGAGUUCAUGAAUUAUGCUUCCGUGGGGUGGGAUUAGCUGUUGUUUGAGUGCAGCUGCACUUUACCUGCUUGGAAGAAGCAGUGGGAGGGAUGCGCAUUCUUUGAAAUCUGUGGGUAGAGUUAAUCAGUUGAAAGAUUUGGCGGUAUUGUUAGAUGCUGCAAGCAAAGUUAUUCCUUUCGUUGUCUGUGUCUCUGGACGAGUUGGUUCUGAUACGCCAGUAAAAUGUGAAUACAGUGGCUUACGGGGCGUCAUUGUGGAAGAAACGGCUGAGCAACAUUUCUUGAAACACAAUGAUGCUGGUUCUUGGGUACAGGAUUCCGCAUUGAUGCUAUGUAUGAGUAAGGAGGUGCCAUGGUACUUGGAUGAUGGAACUGGUCGUGUUUUUGUUUUGGGAGCACGAGGUGCUACUGGUCUAGAACUAACGGUUGGUAGUGAGAUUUUUGAGGAGUCAGGACGAUCCCUUGUGCGGGGGACAUUGGACUAUCUCCAAGGUCUCAAGAUGCUUGGAGUGAAGCGUACAGAGCGAGUUCUUCCGACUGGGACACCCUUGACAAUUGUAGGGGAGGCUAUUAAAGACGAUGUGGGGACAGUUCGCAUUCAGCGCCCUCACAAAGGGCCUUUUUAUGUUUCUCCUAAAACUAUCGAUCAGCUAAUUGCAAAUCUUGGGAAGUGGGCUAGGUUGUAUAAAUAUGCCUCUCUGGGAUUCACUGUCUUUGGCGUCUAUCUGAUUGCUAAGCAUGCUCUUGGACUUUUCCUUGAAAAAAGGCGUCGCUGGGAGCUGCAUAAACGGGUUCUUGAUGCAGCAGCAAAAAGAUCAGGCGGGGAUGAUGGAAAGGAUGAAAGUGGAUCAGAUAGUGCUAACUCUGCUAAGAGAGAGUGUUUGAUGCCAGAUCUCUGCGUCAUAUGCCUGGAGCACGAGUACAAUGCUGUAUUUGUCCCGUGUGGUCAUAUGUGCUGUUGCACAGCUUGUUCAUCGCAUCUGUCAAAUUGUCCACUAUGUCGACGACGCAUUGAGCAGGUUGUUCGAACAUUCCGCCACUAAAGCUGGAGCUGGGCUUUGAUUUCUGGUGCCAUCGGAUUAGUGUUGGGCGUAUAUGAGAGAGUAUAUCAAGAUUUUUCUUACUUUAGGUGAAACAGACCCAUUUGGGUGAUUUAUGUACUUGUGGAAGACUGGCAUUAUCUAAUUCGGAUAUAUGUUCCAUGUUUCCUGGCAAAGUAUGUUUAUACUGUGCACUCGGCUAGCACACUUGGGUUCAUCAAUGAACUUAAUUUUUUUUAUACAGGAAAAA